AUGGCAGAACGCAACGGCUUCUCGCAUGCGUCGACCGGCUCGUCCGAGUGCGAAGCUCCUCAUUCACCCAAUAUACAACCAAUCGCGGACGACACAGCACAUGCGACCUCUCGAAAGCGCAAGCGCACUGAAGACUUGGUGACUGUCCCCUCUAUAUCGGUCAUUGUGUCCGAUCCAGCCACGGAUUCACCCACACUCACCCCAAUCAUCCUUCCCGACAUUCGGCACCAUCCUGACGAGCCCUACGUGACUCCCCCUUCCCCCGUCCCCACUGAGAUUGUUGAAGAGCCAGCAGAGCCAACACCCGAGGAAUACUUGGCGGCCACGAAACGAUCUGGCGUCAAGGUGCGCGACUUCGCAUACGAGCCACGCCCUAAGGGCCGCGACAUCCGCGCACCCGAGACCUGGUCGAAGCCACUCGACACUCUCGUUCUGCAUGAUCGCUACAUCCGUCUCGAGCCCUCGAGCGCCCGUUACGGUCCUGGGCUCCCGGGCAAGAUGCUCUGGGGCCUCCUUUCCACCGGUCUGGUCACGCGCGAGGAAGCCGAGAUUAACUGGCGGCCUGAAGCGGAAUGGAAGGCGUACAACGCGUACGUGAAUCGUCCACAAGGACCACACCCCAUCGCCCUCCCGGCGGAUUUCAAGAAGCCCACGGCCGCGUACCGCAAGAGCUUGCUCGAGAGCUCGUUCCACUCGCCGUUUUGGGCGGAGGAUGUGCGGUCAGAGCUCGAGAUCUACAUUCCGCCAGACGUCGAAGGCAUGGUCGAUGGACCGAAGAACCUUCCUGACUCGAGGCGCGGACUGCGCAGAAUAAUUCGCGCACCUCCCAACCCUCAGUACGUCGCCGUAUACGACCGGCCCGAACAACCUGCACCUACACGCUCGAACCCACUGCCCGCGCUGUCAACCCCUUCUCAGCCCAGACUUGCGACACCCUCCGCCUCGUCUGCCGGUCACAACGCUGCUGUCAAUUCUGUGCAUGUCGACAAGCGGCGUCGGACCAGUGGUCCGGCGGCGACCCCAUCUGGCAUCGGUGCAUCUGCCACCCCGCCAGCGACGUCACCCGGGGGUACUCCGAGCAACGUGGGUGGGACUUUGUCGCGCAGCGUGAGCUACGGCUCGCUCUCGGGGUCGUCAGCGCGCUCCGAGACGCCGCCCGUGGACGAAGCCCCUCAUCGGCCUCUCUCCGGGAAUCUGGCUCGGACGAGCACGCUUAGUCGUAUCCCCGUGCAGUAAUCGUGGCAUAUCAAUCAGGUGGUCCUGAUCUUGCUCCAAUCGGCUUCUCUCAAUUCCAGACUUUGUCACUUUGGGCGCGGACGCGGAUGUCAUACCCGCACACACGCAAUAUGUAUCUCUAGCCGUGGCAGCUUGCACUGUUGUGGAGUUUGCCUGUCGCAUAUGUUAUAGAGUCUUCUUGCUGUAUUGUUCGGUGCAUUCGCGUCGCGUACAUAGUACGUAUACGCCCUCAUCCAUAUUUACUACCGCGGUGCAAAGCGCGCUUCACAGUGUUAUUUGGACCAAAUCGAUGUCGUUGUAGAAUAGCAUACAGGGCCUCUUUGGCGCAUGUUUGUAAUUUAC